AUGAUGAGUUGUUUCAAUUCAAUGAAUAUCAGAACAGCUGUCGGAGGGCUUCAUGAAUACUACUCCAGUAAACGAUAUCAUCCAUUGGUUGACAUUAUAUGUGCGCCCAUUCUUCUGGUCAUUGCGUUAUCAAUCGCAUCGAUCGGUCCGAUUGCCACUACUAUCACACUAUUGUUUUUCCUCUCGUGGAGCGUCUCCUCACUAGUUAUCCUAAUAUGUGUGUUUGAACUGGAAGUGGUUCCCUAUCUUGAGAUACUAUUCAGCGAAAACUUUGUCCUCAUAUCGUUGACCACUUUGUCAGUGUCACAGAACUAUGACAACGAUGUCAUUUACAAUCAUUGGAUCCGCUCUGCGGUCAGUCAUCGGUUUUACAUGGUUUACGUAUUGAGUCAAGUAUUGGUCUUAAUAGCACUGGUCUAUGGAUCUCAGUUAACAUUAACUACAAUAUGUCACUCACGGCUUCUCUACCGAACGAUUCUCAUUCCCGAUGACUGUUCCGAUGUCUACUUCGAUGUCGAGUAUUAUAAAAGUGUGUUUUAUUUCGGCUAUAUAUGCGCUGUUAAUAGCGUGGUUCCCUAUCUUGAGAUACUAUUCAGCGAAAACUUUGUCCUCAUAUCGUUGACCACUUUGUCAGUGUCACAGAAUUAUGACAACGAUGUCAUUUACAAUCAUUGGAUCCGCUCUGCGGUCAGUCAUCGGUUUUACAUGGUUUACGUAUUGAGCCAAGUAUUGGUCUUAAUAGCACUGGUCUAUGGAUCUCAGUUAACAUUAACUACAAUAUGUCACUCACGACUUCUCUACCGAACGAUUCUCAUUCCCGAUGACUGUUCCGAUGUCUACUUCGAUGUCGAUAUAAAAAUUUAA